CUGACCCUCCUGCCUAGCUUUCUGCCUUUUCUCUCUGUCUUUGGCCAGCUGGGGGAGGGGGUAGAGGCUGGGUAAGCAACAUGGCCCAGAGCAAGAGGCACGUGUACAGCCGGACUCCCAGUGGCAGCAGGAUGAGUGCAGAGGCAAGUGCCCGGCCUCUGCGCGUGGGCUCCCGUGUGGAAGUGAUUGGAAAAGGCCACCGAGGCACAGUGGCCUAUGUUGGAGCCACUCUCUUUGCCACUGGCAAAUGGGUAGGCGUGAUCCUGGAUGAGGCAAAGGGCAAGAAUGAUGGAACUGUCCAAGGCAGGAAGUAUUUCACUUGUGAAGAAGGGCAUGGCAUCUUUGUGCGUCAGUCACAGAUCCAGGUAUUUGAAGAUGGAGCAGAUACUACUUCCCCAGAGACACCGGAUUCUUCUGCCACAAAGGUCCUCAAAAGAGAGGGAACUGAAGGAGCCGCAAAGACUAGCAAACUGCCCACCCGCCCAGCUAGUACCGGGGUGUCUGGGGCCAGUAGUUCCUUGGGUCCCUCUGGCUCAGCAUCAGCAGGUGAGCUGAGCAGCAGUGAGCCCAGCACCCCAGCUCAGACUCCGCUGGCAGCACCCAUCAUCCCAACACCGGCCCUCACUUCUCCUGGAACAGCACCCCCGCUUCCUUCCCCCUCCAAGGAAGAAGAGGGACUGAGGGCCCAGGUGCGGGACCUGGAGGAGAAAUUGGAGACCCUGCGCCUGAAACGGGCAGAAGACAAGGCAAAGCUAAAAGAGCUGGAGAAACACAAGAUCCAGCUAGAACAAGUGCAGGAAUGGAAGAGCAAAAUGCAGGAGCAGCAGGCGGACCUGCAGCGGCGCCUCAAGGAGGCACGGAAGGAAGCCAAGGAAGCUCUGGAGGCAAAGGAACGCUACAUGGAGGAGAUGGCUGACACUGCUGAUGCCAUCGAAAUGGCCACUCUGGACAAGGAGAUGGCUGAAGAGCGGGCUGAGUCUCUGCAGCAGGAGGUGGAGGCACUGAAGGAGCGUGUCGACGAGCUCACCACUGACUUGGAGAUCUUCAAGGCUGAGAUUGAAGAGAAGGGCUCGGAUGGGGCUGCGUCCAGCUAUCAGCUCAAGCAGCUAGAGGAGCAGAAUGCCCGCCUGAAGGAUGCCCUGGUGAGGAUGCGGGAUCUUUCUUCCUCUGAGAAGCAGGAGCAUGUGAAGCUCCAGAAGCUCAUGGAAAAGAAGAACCAAGAGCUGGAAGUGGUGCGGCAGCAGCGUGAGCGUCUGCAGGAGGAGCUGAGCCAGGCGGAGAGCACCAUUGACGAGCUCAAGGAGCAGGUGGAUGCUGCUCUGGGUGCCGAGGAGAUGGUGGAGAUGCUGACGGACCGCAACCUGAAUCUGGAGGAGAAAGUGCGGGAGUUGAGGGAGACUGUGGGGGACUUGGAAGCGAUGAAUGAGAUGAACGAUGAGCUGCAGGAGAAUGCACGUGAGACAGAACUGGAGCUGCGGGAGCAGCUGGACAUGGCAGGCGCCCGAGUGCGUGAGGCCCAGAAGCGUGUGGAAGCAGCCCAGGAGACAGUUGCAGACUACCAGCAGACCAUCAAGAAGUACCGCCAGCUGACUGCCCACCUUCAGGAUGUGAAUCGGGAGCUGACCAACCAGCAGGAAGCAUCUGUGGAGAGGCAGCAGCAGCCACCUCCAGAGACUUUUGACUUCAAAAUCAAAUUUGCUGAGACCAAGGCCCAUGCCAAGGCAAUUGAGAUGGAACUAAGGCAGAUGGAGGUUGCCCAGGCGAACCGGCACAUGUCCCUGCUGACAGCUUUCAUGCCAGACAGCUUCCUUCGGCCAGGUGGGGACCAUGACUGCAUCCUGGUACUGCUGCUUAUGCCUCGUCUCAUUUGCAAGGCAGAGCUGAUCCGGAAGCAGGCCCAGGAGAAGUUUGAACUGAGUGAGAACUGUUCAGAGCGGCCUGGGCUGCGUGGAGCUGCUGGGGAGCAGCUGAGCUUUGCUGCUGGGCUGGUGUACUCACUGAGUCUUCUGCAGGCUACACUACACCGCUAUGAGCAUGCCCUCUCUCAGUGCAGUGUGGAUGUGUAUAAGAAGGUGGGCAGCCUCUACCCUGAGAUGAGUGCCCAUGAGCGCUCCUUGGACUUCCUCAUUGAGCUGCUACAUAAGGAUCAGCUGGAUGAAACUGUCAACGUGGAGCCUCUCACCAAGGCCAUCAAGUACUACCAGCAUCUGUACAGCAUCCAUCUUGCCGAGCAGCCUGAGGACUGUACCCUACAGCUGGCUGACCACAUCAAGUUCACCCAGAGCGCCCUCGACUGCAUGAGCGUGGAGGUAGGACGGCUGCGUGCCUUCCUGCAGAGUGGGCAGGAGGCUACAGAUAUCUCCCUCCUGCUCCGGGACCUGGAGACAUCGUGCAGUGACAUCCGACAGUUCUGCAAGAAGAUCCGAAGGCGAAUGCCGGGGACUGAUGCUCCUGGGAUCCCAGCUGCGCUGGCCUUUGGACCACAGGUGUCCGACACACUCCUGGACUGCAGGAAACACUUGACGUGGGUGGUAGCUGUGUUGCAGGAGGUGGCAGCUGCUGCUGCCCAGCUCAUUGCCCCGUUGGCGGAAAAUGAGGGGCUGCUGGUGGCUGCCCUGGAGGAACUGGCUUUCAAAGCAAGCGAGCAGAUCUAUGGGAGCCCCUCCAGCAGUCCUUAUGAGUGCCUGCGCCAGUCGUGCAACAUCCUCAUCAGUACCAUGAAUAAGCUGGCCACAGCCAUGCAGGAGGGCGAGUAUGACGCAGAGCGGCCCCCCAGCAAGCCUCCCCCGGUUGAGCUGCGGGCUGCAGCCCUUCGUGCAGAGAUCACAGAUGCUGAAGGCCUGGGUUUGAAGCUCGAGGAUCGAGAGACCGUUAUCAAGGAGUUGAAGAAGUCACUCAAGAUUAAGGGGGAGGAGCUGAGUGAGGCCAAUGUGCGGCUGAGCCUCUUGGAGAAGAAGUUGGACAGUGCUGCCAAGGAUGCAGACGAGCGCAUCGAGAAAGUCCAGACUCGGCUGGAGGAGACCCAGGCGCUGCUGCGGAAGAAGGAGAAAGACUUUGAGGAGACAAUGGAUGCACUCCAGGCUGACAUCGACCAGCUGGAGGCAGAAAAGGCAGAGCUAAAGCAGCGGCUAAACAGCCAGUCCAAGCGCACAAUCGAGGGGCUCCGGGGGCCUCCACCCUCGGGCAUUGCUACCCUGGUGUCUGGCAUUGCUGGUGAAGAACAGCAGCGAGGGGGCGCCCCUGGGCAGGUUCCAGGAUCUGUGCCAGGCCCUGGGCUGGUGAAAGACUCACCACUGCUGCUUCAGCAGAUCUCUGCCAUGAGGCUGCACAUCUCUCAGCUCCAGCAUGAGAACAGCAUCCUCAAGGGAGCCCAGAUGAAGGCAUCUUUGGCAGCCCUUCCCCCUCUACAUGUUGCAAAGCUGUCGCUUCCGCCCCAUGAGGGCCCCAGCAGCGAGCUGGCAUCUGGGGCGCUGUAUCGUAAGACCAGCCAGCUGCUAGAAACGUUGAAUCAGCUGAGCACACACACACACGUAGUGGACAUCACUCGUGCCAGCCCUGCUGCCAAGAGCCCAUCAGCCCAGCUUAUGGAGCAAGUGGCUCAGCUCAAGUCUCUGAGUGACACCAUUGAGAAACUCAAGGAUGAAGUCCUCAAGGAGACAGUGUCCCAGCGCCCUGGAGCCACUGUGCCCACUGCCUUUGCCACCUUCCCUUCAUCAGCCUUCCUUAGGGCCAAGGAAGAGCAGCAAGAUGACACAGUCUACAUGGGCAAAGUGACCUUCUCCUGUGUGGCUGGCCUUGGACAGCGACACCGGCUGGUGCUGACACAGGAGCAGCUGCACCAACUUCACGGGCGCCUCAUCUCCUAAGCACUCCUUGCCCCACUGUCCCCUUCAACCCUCAGCACCCUGGUGCUGCUCUGCCUGAUGCACAGCCACUUCAGCCAACCCCCAGGUAGAACCACGUGGGUUAAGCUACUCCUGCCCCAUUCAGCCCCACUCGUGUCCUACCCCCACCCUUUGACCUGGGUUUUUUCCUGUUCUCGUUCCUUGACCUCUGCGGAAAUUCGCUGUUUGGCUGUUCCCUCCUUCCUGAGGGGCCUCAGGGCGUGUGGGGGGUAGGCUGAGACCCCACCACCAAAGGUUGAGUGAGGUCCCCCUGACUGAGGACUUCACCCCUUGAUUAAAGCAACUUCUGCUUCAGA